CAAACUCAGACAAAUUGCUCUCAUACACUCUUCCUCACCUUCUGUCCUUCUCGACUUUCCAUCCGCUUUCGAUCAACCUGACUGUCGAUGAAUGGCACACUCGGCUGCUGUGAAAGUUCUGAUACGUUAUGGAUAUCUUCAUCACAAAGCUGCCUCGUGAAAUCAACCAAAAUGAAGUAAAGGUGUUUCUGAAGCCUUACUUCUCAGAUGUCGACAUUCUUGCCUUCGAUGUCCGAAAAAGGGUUGGAAAAUGUCAUGCCAAUAUCACUACCCCCAACCUGAGGUGCGCUGAGUGCUUCCUCCAGAAACAUGGAGGCGAUCAUUCUAGGUAUCCCCCAAAGCCACUCAACUUCCGCGGAAAGGACCUUUACUGCAAACAGGGUAAAUCUUCACCCACACCGUUGAACAUCCAGGCAUUGCGAGAGGACAAUGAGCGCUUGCUAGCAAUGCGAGAUGGUCUCUCUAGAGCGUUACCAGUUUCCAAACCAUCACGGCCGAUAUUUCCCUUCAUUGCACUCCAGCUCGGUACAUGGACCUAUAAUCACCUUGGCAAGUUGGCCUUCGACGAGAAGUAUAAGGAUGGGAGAUCUGGCACGGUGACCUUUGGCAAGAAUGCCUUUGUCAUUUAUCUCCAGCAAGGAGCCCACGCAAACCUUGCCCAUUGCAGGAUCGACAUUUCGUAUUCCAUUAUCGAGCAUGUCGUACCGUCUGCUGGCCACGGCAAAAACCCUAUUAUUUCGUUCACGCUGAGAACGCCUCCAAAGAUCUUCAAAAUUAUCAACACUGAUGAGGUGCAUCUCUAUUCAAAUGAAGAAUCCCCCAUUACUACAUCCUUUGAACGUCUUUCUCUCGAUCCGGCUCAAAAGCGAUUGCGAAGACUCUGCCGGCUCAACAACGAGUUUGAGAAAGCCAACGGCCUGUGUGUAGUCUAUAGGCUUGCUCUGGCAGAUAUGGGCAUGGCGCUUCAGGUAUGGCAGUUUGUGGGACGGUUCUCAGUCAUUCGCCGGGGGGAUGCCUUCAAAACAGCCAUACCAGAAACAAUAUUCCAACGGAUUGAGAUCGAGUACAAAGAGCUCGAAAAGUGUCUCAGCAAUCCCCAACACCACCCAAACGUUGGCUAUGAUGGUCGAUUUCAGCUUUUGGCGCUUGCUCUCGAGGGAUCCCUUUCCCCCAACAUGAUUCAAAUUCUUCUCCCUGAUGUGGACAACCUUGCUCAAACACAUGGCUCCAAGACCGUAGCAGAAGGAAUACGCCAGCUUACUUAUGCCCUCCCAAUCCCAGGACUUCAGACGCCUGCAAGUAAAUUAAGUAAAGGUGCCAUCCUCCAGACCCUCAUUGACAACGUCAAAAGCCUUCUAGAGGUUGAUGCUGCAACCAAAUACUUAGUCGACCAGCAAAAGCAACAAGAUCAUCUUGUCAGAACCCUCGCAGCAACAGUGACUCCAACUGGUAUACUCCUUCGAGGCCCCGAUUUGGGAAUCUCGAACAGAGUCCUUCGGCGAUAUUCUGGCUACACCGAAUAUUUUAUGCGCGUCUCCUUCGCUGAUGAGGAUGGAGUUUCUCUCCUAUAUGACUCCCGUGCUUCACAGGAGGAGGUCUAUGAUCGCUUCAAAAGCGUACUUCAGGGAGGGAUACCGAUCGCAGGACGUGUAUACAAAUUUCUUGGAUUCUCCCACUCGUCAUUACGUAGUCAUACGGUUUGGUUCAUGGCACCUUUUCAGCAUGAGGGAACACUUAUUAUACCAUCCAAUGUCAUCGCAGAACUCGGAGACUUCUCUUCAUUGCACAUUAGCGCAAAAUGUGCCGCACGAAUUGGACAAGCGUUCUCAGAUACGAUGUUCUCGAUACCAAUUCCGAAAGAUGCUUUCGUUACGGAGCAUAUGGCGGAUGUGGAGAGGUUUGGGAAGAUAUUCUCUGAUGGAUGCGGUACGAUAUCUCCGAAAUUGCUCCAAAAGAUAUGGAGGACUCUGCCGCCUGGACUUCAGGGUCAAAAACCGACGGUGCUUCAAAUCCGAUACAGAGGAGCGAAAGGAGUUAUCUCCCUAGACACACGCCUCAUUGGCGAACAGCUCAACAUUCGAAAGAGUAUGACCAAGUUCCCAGCCGGAGAAAGUUGGCAAGACCUUGAAAUCUGUGGCGGCGCAUAUAGGCCUCUGACCAUGUACCUCAACCACCAAUUCAUCAAGAUCCUAGAAGAUCUGAAAGUUCCGCACAAGAAUAUCCUUGACGUUCAGAACGACGCAAUCCAGGAACUCAAGAUGAUGCUCGGUCAUCCUCGUAACGCCGCAUCGUUCCUUGAAAAGUGUCGCAUCGGAACUUCAGCCUGGAUGCCGAAGUUGCUCGAGCUCUUACAUGCCAUCGGCCUCUCAUUCUACGCAGAUAAAUUCUUGAUGGGUGUGCUGGAGAUUGCUGCAAUGUCAACGCUUAGGGAUAUGAAGUACCGUGCUCGCAUUCCAGUCGCCGAAGGUGAUCUUUUGUAUGGUAUCAUGGACGAAAGCAAUACACUAAGAGAAGGAGAAGUAUAUAUCGCUACACGAACGCAAAGACUCGAUGGUGAACCAGUGUAUAAGGUGCAUGUGUAUGAUCGAGUUGCUAUUACUAGAGCACCUGCGUUGCACCCUGGCGAUAUUCAGGUUGUCAGAGCCAUCGACGCACCGAAUAAUUCCUAUCUCAAGGGAUUGUACAAUUGCGUCGUGUUCAGCCAGCAAGGCAAUUGGGAUCUCCCCAGCCAAUUGAGUGGGGGUGAUCUCGACGGUGACCUUUUCCACGUCAUAUAUGAUAAACGUCUGAUUCCUUCGAGAACCGAGCAGCCUGGGGAGUACAAAGCAGCACAGCCAAAAGAUCUCGGAAGGCCCGCAAAACGAGACGAUAUUAUAGACUUCUUCAUUGAGUAUAUGCAAUCAGAUCAACUUGGUCGGAUCUCGAACAUGCACAAGAUCCUAGCAGACCAUAUUGAUGAAGGAACAAAACACUCAGACUGCAGGGCUCUAGCCGAAUUAGCGUCUCAUGCCGUAGACUUUAGUAAGUCCGGACAGCCGGUGGCCAUGGCGGACGCACCAAAGGCCCCCUACCAUCUCAAACCAGACUUCAUGGCUCCUAGCCCAAAUAUUGCCCUUGAGGACAAAGGUGUUGCACUUAUGGAGAGUGAGACAAAUGACAUCGAUGACCUGGAUAGUAUAAGUUUGCUUGAUCCUGAUCAGUCUCGGCUUCGAUAUUACAGGAGCAAACAAAUCCUCGGGAAACUCUACCGCACCAUUGAUGAGCAGGCGUUCUUCAACGAAAUGAAGAAAGUAUCUUCAGCAUCGUCCUACGCCUUAGGGAACGAAAGUCUAAUGGAGAGACUCGAGCGAUAUAUAGACAGAGAGACCAUCGGAUUGCAAUGGAAACACCACUUGCAGUUUGCAGAAGAGAUUCGAGAAUUCUAUUCCAAAAACAUUUUUGAAAUUAUGACAUCACUCGCCACCCACCAUGGCGAACCCCUCAAAGAACUUGAAGUCUUCAGCGGCAACAUCCUCGGCAAGAAGUCCCACGACACGUCCCGUUCGGUCCGCGAAGCCAACCAAGAAAUCCGCGAACGUUUCAACCGCGACGUCACCUCCGUUGUGAAUUAUAUUGUGAGGGGCGAGAGAGCAGGCGACGAAGAGGAAGAGAGUCUCCCGAGAGCGAUCGCAUGUUUCAAGGUGAGCUUGCAGAAGGAGGGUCGGGUCGGCUAUGAGAGGGAAUUGAGGAGUUUCAAAUACGUAGCUGCCGCGGUGUGUUUGGAGCGGCUUGUGCAGUAUCGGGGCGGCAUUCUGCGGUCAAUUUGAGGGAUUGGGACAUUCAAGAGUGAACGGAGCUGGAGACGGAGUCGAAGGUUUCUAGGCGCUUCUAAUGGCCAACUUUAAUACAAACAUGGACUUUGGGUAGCAUGGUUCUCUCGAGCAUAUUAGCGAGUAUCACCAUAGUGUUGGAGCAUUGGAUGGGCAUCAGCAGGUGAUCUUAACGGCUGCUAUAUGGAUUUUAG